CAACAAAUGUUAAAAUAUUUGACUCGAAUCACUCGUACGACACCUUCAUUAAACUGUUAUAGAACUAUCCAAACGGCACCCAGAUUUAUUAAGAAAGCUUCCAGAAUGUCAACAACAGAACAGCCAACCGUACAUACUUCCAAUGAGGAACCACCCUCAAAGAAAAUAAAGACCGUGUCAGCUAUGCAAAGUUUUUUAAAGACUCAUCCUAAGCUACCUAGUAAACCACUUGUAUGGAUCGAUUGUGAAAUGACUGGUUUGGAUGUGUUUGGGGGUGACAACAUCAUCGAGAUUUGUUGUAUUAUCACCGAUGGAAAUUUAAAUAUUGUUGAUGAAGUAGGGUAUGAAUCUACUAUAUACUAUCCUAAGGAAAGGCUAGAUGAAAUGAAUCCGUGGUGUAUUGAAACCCACGGGAAAUCUGGACUUACUCAGAAAAUUCUUGAUCAUCCUGAACAAACUUUGGAAAAAGUACAACGCGAAUUGCUCGAGUAUAUUAAGAAGUACAUUCCCGAACAAAGAACCGGUUUGAUCGCGGGUAACUCAGUUCAUAUGGACAAAUUCUUUAUGAUGAAGGAAUUCCCUGAAGUAAUUGAACAUUUACAUUAUAGAUUAAUUGAUGUGUCUUCAAUUAUGGAGACUGGGUACCGUCACAAUCCUGCAUUAAUGAAGUGUUGUCCAAAGAAGGUCCAGUUGCAUACUGCAAAGUCUGAUAUUUUGGAAAGUAUAAACCAAUUGAAAUGGUAUGUAAAAUAUUAUUUGAAAUCGGAGAGCGAAUCCCAGGAUGUUAUGCAAGAAUACGAGAAACAAAACAAGGUGGAAAAUGCUAAUGGUAAGGAAGGUGACAAAGAAGACAAAAAUGGAGAAGGAAAAUAAACUGUAUUAAGUAACUUUAUAAGAUAAUGUACAUAGUUCAGCACAGCG